CCACUGAACACCGGACCGGAACGUCAGUCAUCUUACGGACACGAGACACACGGUGCAACAUUACACAGCUCGACCUUUCCAUAGUUCUACAACAGUUGGACACACGUUGUGGUCAAUAUCGUGAUUUUCACCCGCACCUGGUAACACGCUCUCUCGACAAUUGUUCGACUUCGACUGCGUACCUAUUUUGUACAUCUCAUUCGAAGUUCUUCGUCGAUAUAAUUUAUUUUAUAUUAGAUAAAACCAGAAAAUAAAGAAAAUGUCGGAAGACGCAUUCAUCGUAUCGCCCAUCAGAAAACACACAGGCACCAUCAUAUUUUUGCACGGGCUUGGAGAAAAUGGGGAAAACUGGAAGCAAGUGCUCUCCAAAAUGGUCAAACCCAACGUCAAAGUGAUCUGCCUCAAUGCAAAGAAAAUUCCGCUCACACUUAACAAGGGUUUCCCGACGGCUGCGUGGUUUGACUUAGCGUCGCUGGACGAGAACAAAUUGGAAGACGAGACGAGUAUCAUGCGGGCAGUCGAAAAGCUGCAUGACAUCAUCGACGAGGAGAUCUCUUCGUCCAAAGUAUCGGCAACUAAGACCAUGUUGGCCGGUUUCUCGCAGGGUGGCGCCCUGGCUAUGUAUGCCGCACUUACCUACCACAAACGGUUAGCCGCCGUCAUGGUCAUGUCCAGCUGGCCGGUGCUCCGGCAUACUAUGCCCGAUGCGGCCAUCAACAAUACCAACACGCCGAUGUUGCAGUGCCAUGGAACUGAAGAUCCGGUCAUUUACUACAAAUGGGGUCAACUAUUGGCAGAAUCCCUCAAGGAAAUGAACCCCAAACACGAGUUUAAAUCGUACGAAGGUUUGAUGCACGCUGUAAACGAUCAGGAAUUACAAGAUGUCAAAAACUUCAUCAACAAAAUAUUCCCUUGAUCAAAUUAUACAUUAUUCAGAAAAAUGUAUGUAGAAUGAAUUUAUAGUUCAAAAACGUCUGAGAAUUUGCAAAUACAUAAUUUAUUAGUUGUAUAUUUUUUAUUAUAUGUUUAAGAGUAUGAUUUUUGUGUUCGUGUAUUAUUUUUGUUAUUUUAUCGUCAUUUAUGUGUUGACUUGUAAUAUGAGCAAUUAUAUUUAACAUGUCACAGGGAAAAAAUAUAAAUAAAAAUGUAAA